AUGAGUAAAUAUAGACGUGAAGAGACUUCGAGUGAUGACAGCGAUAGCGAGGAAGAACGUCGCAAGAAAGACAUCAAGGAAAGAGACAGUUUUGCCAGUCGUCUUAAAGCCAAAGAUGAAAGCAAGAUACGUAAGAUUGCUAUGCCGUCUGGUUCUGGAGCAGCUGAAGCAGCAAAAAGGCUUAAGAUCAUGGAGACUGAUGCCAGGGAACAUCUGGUACCAAAGUUACGUAUUGAGUCUCGUAGAAAAUAUCUGGAGAAACGUAAAGAAGACAAAGUGGCUGAACUGGAGGCUGACAUUCUUGACGAUGAAUAUCUGUUCGAAGAAGAAAUCUUGACAGAGAGAGAAAAGCGCGAAAGAGCUCAUAAGAAACAACUAUUGCAUCUAGCAAAGGAACAUGAAAAGGCAAGAGAACUUGAACGCGUCCAGCGUUACCACAUGCCCCUUAGAGAAGGCAAGAUAGAGCCAGAACCUGACGUAAUGGAUAAAGAGCCACCACAAUCUGAACAAAGCAAAUGGGAAUCAGAUCAGAUGUCAUCGGCUGUGUUCCGUUUUGGUGCUAGAGAUAGAAAAGCUCAGCAAGACUAUGAUCUUCUCAUGGAGGAUGAGAUAGAGUUCGUUCAAGCGUUACGCAUGCCUGGUCAUGACAAGGACAAGAAACGCGAGGCCAGUCCACCAGCACAUGUUAAAACUCUGCAAACGAUACAAGAAACGAAGAAGAGUCUACCAAUUUACCCCUUCAGGAACGAUCUUAUCCAAGCCAUCAAGGACCACCAGGUUUUGAUUAUUGAAGGUGAAACGGGAUCAGGGAAGACCACACAGAUACCGCAAUAUCUGUAUGAAUCUGGGUUCGCAGAGGAUAAUAAGAUAAUCGGAUGCACACAACCGCGGCGAGUAGCCGCGAUGUCGGUGGCCGCGAGAGUGGCCCACGAGAUGGCUGUUAAGCUGGGAAACGAGGUCGGUUACGCUAUUCGUUUCGAAGACUGCACAUCGCAUCGUACUCGUAUUAAAUACAUGACUGACGGUACGUUACACCGAGAGUUUCUCAGCGAACCCGAUCUAGCGUCGUACAGCGUAAUGAUAAUUGAUGAGGCGCACGAACGUACUUUGCACACGGACAUAUUAUUCGGAUUGGUGAAGGACAUAGCGAGGUUUCGUUCCGACUUGAAGCUCUUGAUCUCGUCGGCCACGUUGGACGCCACCAAGUUCAGCGAGUUCUUCGACGAAGCUCCUAUAUACAGGAUACCCGGCCGUCGUUUUCCCGUUGACAUUUAUUACACGAAAGCGCCGGAAGCGGAUUAUAUUGACGCUUGCGUGGUGUCCAUUCUGCAAAUUCACACGACACAACCGCCUGGCGAUAUACUAGUAUUUUUGACCGGACAGGACGAGAUCGAGACGUGCCAGGAGAUGCUGCAGGAGAGAGUCAGGAGGCUGGGAAGCAAGCUGGCGGAACUCCUGAUUUUGCCCGUGUACGCGAAUCUACCGAGCGACAUGCAAACGAAAAUAUUCCAGCCGACUCCAGCAGGAGCGAGAAAGGUUGUAUUGGCGACGAACAUAGCAGAGACUUCGCUAACCAUUGAUAACAUAGUGUACGUUAUAGACCCUGGAUUCGCGAAGCAAAACAAUUUCAAUUCGCGCACAGGCAUGGAGAGUCUGAUGGUCGUUCCGAUUAGCAAGGCAUCCGCAAAUCAGAGAGCCGGCCGAGCAGGUCGAGUUGCUCCGGGAAAGUGUUUCCGCUUGUAUACCGCGUGGGCGUACCAACAUGAGCUCGAGGAUAAUACGGUCCCCGAAAUUCAGAGGAUCAAUCUCGGUAAUGCGGUGCUCACUUUGAAAGCACUCGGUAUUAACGACCUGGUACACUUCGACUUCUUGGAUCCUCCGCCGCAUGAGACGCUGGUCCUUGCGUUGGAGCAGCUGUAUGCGCUGGGCGCGUUGAAUCAUCGCGGGGAAUUGACGAAACUCGGGCGCAGGAUGGCAGAGUUCCCAUUAGACCCGAUGAUGGCGAAGAUGUUAUUGGCUAGCGAGCGGUAUCGCUGCUCAGAAGAAGUGGCGACCAUUGCCGCCAUGCUCUCAGUGAACGGAGCGAUCUUUUACAGACCAAAGGACAAGAUUAUACACGCGGACGCCGCGCGAAAGAAUUUCCACGUGCCUGGUGGCGAUCAUCUAACUCUUCUCAACGUAUAUAAUCAAUGGCAACAGAGCGACUUUAGCACACACUGGUGCUACGAGAACUUCAUACAGCACAGGUCCAUGAAACGGGCGAGGGAUGUCAGAGAACAGCUAGUAGGUCUGAUGCAGCGCGUAGAAAUGGAAUUAGUCUCAGGGAUUACAGAGACUAUUAACAUUAGGAAGGCUAUUACAGCUGGAUAUUUCUACCACGUGGCACGCUUGUCCAAGGGCGGUCACUACAAGACCGCUAAGCACAAUCAAACGGUCGCGAUACAUCCGAACAGUUCCCUGUUUCAAGAACUUCCGCGUUGGCUGCUUUAUCACGAGCUUGUAUUCACCACCAAGGAGUUUAUGCGUCAGGUGACGGAGAUCGAGAGUAAAUGGUUGUUGGAAGUGGCGCCACAUUAUUACAAGCCUAAAGAACUGGAGGACUCGACGAACAAGAAGAUGCCUAAGGUUGCUGGUAGAUCGCGACCGGACGGUACUAACUAGACGCAAUUGUGCAUCACCCUUCUUGACGAUGAUGUUAAAUUAUAUUUUUUACAUGUUUAUUUUUACGCAAUGCACCAAUAAAGAUAGGAAAAG